GGUGAGGCUGAUGAGUCCAAGGGAUUUGAGGAGGAAGAAGCAAGCAGCCUUUCAUUCUCAGGGAUAUAGAAUUCCGGGAAUUAUUUCACAUCUAGAUAACUGCAAAACUGGGGUUGUUGUUGUUUUUUUUGGGGGGGUGCUUUGCCCUUAACUUCCAGCUUCAUGUGAUAGGCCCUCUAGCUACUCUGGAAAAUCCUUACAGUUAAAAUAAUUCAUCUACAAACUGGGUUAAACACGGAAUCGACCUUCUUUCUAUUUCAAAUUGAGCAUUUAAUUUUGUUCUCUUUAUUGAGGGAUGGUGGAACACAACUCGAAAGGACUGAGGUAAAGGAGUCAUUUCCAGGAUGUACACCACAUCCCAGAAAUCUACUGUUUGGGGGUCUGGGGGAAACGUUAGAGGCUUCUUCCCUCUUCUCCUGGGAUUCGCUGUGCAAGGCCAGUUCUGGGUGUAAACCGAACCCCGUGUGUGUGGAAAAGGAGGAAUUAAAAGGAAAGAUUUAAAUCCCGUGUUUCAGGGACAAGGUGGAUAGAAAUCACCCUGGAGGUGGUGGAUGUGGUUGGGAGGGGGACAUCCGGAGCUCUUCUGCUCAGUGCAGGCAGGGGGAGGGGACUUUCUCUUCGCGAGGGCAGAGGCAAUGGGUCGCUCUAGACUAAAGGGACAGAGAGGACGGCGAAGCGAUCAUUUGGGCUUUCUUGGGACGCCACGGGGAGCCGCGAAAGCGCCCAGGGCCUGACGUCAUUGGCCAUCAGCUGACUGUGCUCAGGGCCCCGGUUCCACCGGCUGCAGCCACUGUCGCGGUGGCGGAGGUGGCGGCCCCCGCGGCUCCACCACCUGCAGCCGGGCUCGGGAUUGCGGCUGACCCUGCACCGGGAGCCCCUGCUCAGCCCGGCGUGGGCGCGGACAGCACGCCCCCAGCGUCCCCAGAGGCUUUGUCCACAUCCGCGCGCAGGAGCUCAGCGGGCGGGAAACCGUGGCUCCGGCUGGAGGCUGGAAAUACCUCCCCCAAGUCCUCCUCUCGACCCUUCCUAUAAGCAGAGAGAUACUUGGUGUGCGACGCAGUCGGGGGCGCGCUUUCCACCCCUCCAGACUGGUGUAGUAAAGAGACUCCGCAGGAAGCCGCCUGACUCCGCAGGAAGCUGCUGCUUGGGGUAUUUUGCUUUUCAGCCCAAAAGUUGGCUUUGCCAAAAGACGCCCCGGCGGUGAGGGCAGAAAGGAGAUCCUGAGUUCCGCGCAUUGGGCUCUCCGAGUCCGUGGGCAAAGCGGCCUACGAGUCCUGGCUGCGCACCUGCAGAGGACCGGAGCCAGUGCCUAAAAAAGAACAGCGGAGGAACCGGCCUGCGCUGCCAGCUGGAGCGCGGGAUCUGUGCGCCCGGGCAAGGCGGGGGGCGCUGCCGCCCGCCCCAGCCCGCAGCCGUACCCUCCCACGCCGCUCUGCUAGUUCUGCUGCCUUCAAGACCUGGGGUGUCCGGACCAGACCUGGGUGCCAGGUAUCCGCCGCUGCCCCUACCCGACCCCCUGUUCCGGGGGUGUGGCUUGGCGCGAGGGCGGGUUUUAGUCGCCGUGGGUGUCUCAGCGAUCUGACAGGUCUCCAAAUUCCUCCCGGUCGCCUGGUGCCCGCAGCGCACUUCAGAGCGCCAGGGUGGCACGCGGCGCUUCCCUGGACCCCGAGGCGUCUCAGUGGACUUCCCGGCGGCCUCGGGCCUCCUUUCUCACCCAAACCUGACACCCGCCGCACCGCCCAAGCUCGGAUCCGCACCGGUGGCUUCUCUUCGUUCUCAGAGCUGUUGACUUUGGAGCCCACCCCACUUUUUCCUGCUCCCGCUUCCCGCUUCUCCCAGCUCCUGGCCAAAUGGACUCCAAAGAACGAAGUGAAAGGAAUGGGAACCGGGUGUUGCACCUCCUCGGGGGCGCAGCUGGAAGGGGUGGCCUCGUCUUAUAGCAGAGACUGGGACCCUGAGGCCCUCCCCCUGCCCCGAGGGAUGCGUCCGGCCGGAGCCAGCGCUGCCCUAUCAGUCCUCGCUCAGGAAGUGGAGACAGCCAGAAAUGAGACCAGAAGGGUGCCUCAGCACACCCUCUCCUUCAAAUUAACUGUUUGGUGACUUGUUAGCUCUGAGGCGACCACCUUUUCAACCCGCCCGCGGGGCACCCCGCCACCGCAUGGUCCCCCACUCCUCCCCCUUCGUUGCCUCCGCCCCCAGCUCCGCCCCGGGGCCCCAUCCUGGAGCAAUGGAGUUCUCCGAAGGGCUCUGUUCUAGCCACUGCUGCUAACUUCGCACCCAUCGCCUCUGUCGCCACUGGUCACCCUAGGCCAGCCCCCGGCAGCCGCCGAGUCGUGGGCGUCCUGAGCCCAGUGCCGCAGCCAGGACCCGCCCGGCGCGCAGCAGAAGCACGGCGCCCGGGCGCCUCUUGGAGAGCAAAGACUGCGCCAAGACGCUGAUCUGAGAACCAGCCAAGAAGCCCGAGCCCGGGAAGGGGGCUACGUGGCUCAGAGCGCUGCAGCGGCUUCUCCGGACAAAUAGCCUCCGCUGCCGCUCGCCCAAGCUGCGCGGGUUGGCGGGAGGGCAGCGCGCAAGGACGCAGGGGUCUGCGACGAUCCUGCAGGCGCCCUUUGCCCCGGAGCGCACUAUGACCUGACGUGCAGGGGCCCUCCUGCCCAGAGCUCCUGCGACCGGGCGGCGGGGGACAAAAAGGUCCGCCGCCAAGCUCCUGCCAGGCCGCCCUUGGGUCUGUAGGAACCCCCUCCCCCAGCCGCCUCCCUCCCUGCGGCCUGGCGCCAUGGAGCUCUCCGAUGUGCGCUGCCUCAGCAGCAGCGAGGAACUCUACACCAUCCACCCGACGCCCCCGGCCGGCGACGGCGGGAGCGGCUCUCGGCCGCAGCGGCUGCUGUGGCAGACAGCGGUGCGGCACAUCACCGAGCAGCGCUUCAUUCAUGGGCACCGGGGCAGCGGCGGCGGGCGCGGAGGAUCCGGCAAAGGCUCGGACUCCACAGGCGGCGGCCCCAACCACCACGCGUCGCAGCUGUCCGGCGACUCGGCGCUGCCCCUCUACUCGCUGGGCCCCGGGGACAGAGCACACAGCACUGGCAGCACCAAAGUCUUCCCGGAACGCAGCGGGAGCGGCAGUGCCAGUGGCAGCGGGGGAGGAGGCGACCUGGGCUUCCUGCACCUGGACUGCGCCCCGAGCAACUCGGAUUUCUUCCUCAGUGGGGGCUACAGCUACCGGGGGGUCAUUUUCCCCACCCUGCGCAACUCCUUCAAGUCCCGGGACCUGGAGCGCCUCUACCAGCGCUAUUUCCUGGGCCAGAGGCGCAAAUCCGAGGUGGUGAUGAAUGUGCUGGACGUGCUGACCAAACUCACCCUCUUGGUCCUCCACUUGAGCCUGGCCUCCGCCCCCAUGGACCCGCUCAAGGGCAUCCUACUGGGCUUCUUCACUGGCAUCGAGGUGGUGAUCUGCGCCCUGGUGGUGGUCAGGAAGGACACCACCUCACACACAUACCUGCAGUACAGCGGCGUGGUCACCUGGGUGGCCAUGACCACCCAGAUCUUGGCAGCAGGCCUUGGCUAUGGGCUCCUGGGCGAUGGCAUAGGCUACGUGUUGUUCACCCUCUUUGCCACCUACAGCAUGCUGCCGCUGCCUCUCACCUGGGCCAUCCUGGCCGGCCUGGGCACCUCGCUGCUGCAGGUGGUCCUCCAAGUGGUGAUCCCCCGCCUGGCGGUCAUUUCCAUCAACCAGGUGGUGGCCCAGGCAGUAUUAUUCAUGUGUAUGAACACAGCUGGGAUCUUCAUCAGUUACCUGUCAGACCGGGCCCAGCGCCAAGCCUUCCUGGAGACGCGGAGGUGUGUGGAGGCCAGGCUGCGCCUGGAGACAGAAAACCAAAGACAGGAGCGACUCGUGCUGUCCGUGCUCCCCCGGUUUGUCGUCCUGGAAAUGAUCAAUGACAUGACGAAUGUGGAAGACGAGCACCUGCAGCACCAGUUCCAUCGGAUCUACAUCCAUCGCUAUGAGAACGUCAGUAUUCUAUUUGCAGAUGUUAAAGGAUUUACCAACCUCUCCACGACCUUGUCCGCUCAGGAGCUGGUCAGGAUGCUCAACGAACUCUUUGCCAGAUUUGAUCGACUGGCCCAUGAGUUGAACUUAUGGAGUAGGCAACACUGGGGCUGCCACCAAGGCCAAGGGUACCCACUCUGGCCUUACGCGUGUGUCUCUCCAUUCAUCUACAUCAACAGGUACGUGCGCUCAAGGACGAAACAUGACGUUGACAUGCGAAUUGGAAUCCACUCAGGCUCAGUGCUGUGUGGUGUGUUGGGCCUUCGGAAGUGGCAGUUUGAUGUCUGGUCUUGGGAUGUGGACAUUGCGAACAAACUUGAAUCUGGAGGAAUCCCCGGGAGGAUUCACAUUUCCAAAGCCACGCUGGACUGCCUCAAUGGCGACUACAAUGUGGAGGAAGGUCAUGGGAAAGAGAGGAAUGAAUUCCUGAGGAAACAUAAUAUAGAGACCUACCUAAUUAAGCAGCCUGAGGAGAAUCUGCUGUCCCUGCCUGAAGACAUCGUCAAGGAAUCGGUGAGCUCCUCAGACAGGAGGAACAGUGGGGCGACGUUCACGGAAGGAUCCUGGAGCCCCGAACUGCCCUUCGAUAACAUAGUGGGGAAACAAAACACUCUGGCUGCCCUAACAAGAAAUUCAAUAAAUCUACUUCCAAACCAUCUUGCACAAGCUUUGCAUGUCCAGUCUGGGCCUGAGGAAAUUAACAAGCGAAUAGAACAUACCAUCGACUUGCGGAGUGGCGAUAAAUUGAGAAGAGAGCAUAUCAAGCCAUUCUCACUGAUGUUUAAAGACUCCAGCCUGGAGCACAAGUAUUCUCAAAUGAGGGAUGAAGUAUUCAAGUCAAACUUGGUGUGUGCGUUUAUCGUUCUCCUGUUUAUCACAGCGAUACAAAGUUUGCUUCCUUCCUCAAGGGCGAUGCCAAUGGCCAUCCAGUUUUCCAUCCUGAUUAUGCUGCACUCGGCUCUGGUCCUCAUCACCACCGCGGAGGAUUAUAAGUGUUUGCCCCUUGUCCUCCGGAAAACUUGCUGUUGGAUCAACGAGACCUAUUUGGCGCGGAAUGUCAUCAUCUUCGCCUCCAUCUUGAUCAAUUUCCUGGGCGCCAUCCUAAACAUCCUGUGGUGUGAUUUUGACAAGUCGAUACCCUUGAAGAACCUGACUUUCAAUUCCUCAGCUGUGUUUACAGAUAUCUGCUCCUAUCCAGAGUACUUCGUCUUCACGGGGGUGUUGGCUAUGGUGACCUGUGCCGUUUUCCUCCGACUCAACUCCGUCCUGAAGCUGGCCGUGCUGCUGAUCAUGAUUGCUAUCUACGCCCUGCUGACCGAGACCAUCUAUGCGGGCCUCUUCCUGCGCUAUGACAACCUGAACCACAGUGGAGAAGACUUCCUGGGGACCAAGGAGGCGUCGCUGCUGCUGAUGACCAUGUUCCUCCUUGCCGUGUUCUACCACGGACAGCAGCUGGAGUACACAGCUCGCCUGGACUUCCUGUGGCGAGUUCAGGCCAAAGAGGAGAUCAACGAGAUGAAGGAGCUGAGGGAACACAAUGAAAACAUGCUGCGGAAUAUCUUACCCAGUCACGUGGCCCGCCACUUCCUGGAGAAAGACCGAGACAACGAGGAGCUGUAUUCUCAAUCCUAUGAUGCCGUCGGGGUGAUGUUCGCCUCCAUCCCAGGGUUUGCAGACUUUUACUCUCAGACGGAAAUGAAUAACCAAGGAGUGGAGUGCCUGCGGCUGCUAAAUGAGAUCAUCGCUGACUUCGAUGAGCUGCUCGGCGAAGACCGGUUUCAAGACAUUGAAAAGAUUAAGACUAUCGGCAGCACCUACAUGGCCGUGUCAGGCCUGUCCCCUGAAAAACAGGUAAAGGAACUCUUUGGAUGCAAACACAACCUAGGGGGUGCAGCCGCCCCAGGGACGUCCCUUUUGUCUCAUCUACUGCUCCUUUGGUUCCCUCCUAUAGGCAUCAGUCACGGCUCGGUGGUAGCUGGCGUCAUCGGCGCUAAGAAGCCCCAGUAUGACAUUUGGGGCAAAACCGUGAACCUGGCCAGUCGAAUGGACAGCACGGGGGUCAGCGGCAGGAUCCAAGUCCCCGAGGAGACCUAUCUCAUCCUGAAGGAGCAGGGCUUCGCCUUUGCCUACCGCGGGGAGAUCUACGUGAAGGGCAUCAGUGAGCAGGAAGGGAAAAUCAAAACGUACUUUCUCCUGGGAAGAGUGCAACCCAACCCCUUCAGCCUGCCCCCGAGAAGACUGCCCGGCCAGUACUCCUUGGCCGCAGUCGUCCUGGGCCUUGUCCAGUCCCUCAACAGGCAAAGGCAGAAGCAGCUGCUCACCGAGAACAACAACCCGGGGAUCAUCAAAGGCCAUUACAACCGGCGGACUUUGUUGGCACCGAGCGGGCCGGAGCCCGGACCCCAAGCCGAAGGCCCCGACAAGUCCGAUUUGCCAUAAAAGCAUUUUCUUUGUGUUUCUUUUUUUUGUAUUUCUUUUAUAUAUAAAAUAAA